GCUCCCAUCAGGGAAACUGGCUCAAAGACUUGCCAUGAAAUGCCCUGGACCUCCAGAGAGCUCGAGACUUGCCUGCUUCCUGGAAAAUGCCUUAGCGAGAGAGGCUAGGAUUUGGAAAGUGCCGGUUUUCCAGAAUCUCACCCUGAAGGGCACAGAUAUCUCUCUGUCGUGUUACAAGAAAGUGGUUCUCUGGAUUGCAGAAAUAAGCUCUCAGUUCCAGUUUUACCCUGAAACGUUUGCCUUAGCUACCAGCAUCCUUAACCGGUUAUUGGCAUCAGUAAAGGCCCAAUUAAAAUACCUUCGGUGCAUAGCAAUUUCCUGCCUUGUUCUUGCAGCAAAAACCAAUGAAGAAGAUGAGGUAAUACCAUCGGUGAAGAUGCUCGCAGUGCAGAGUGGUUGUAAACGUUCUCCAGCUGAGAUCUUGAGAAUGGAAAGAAUUAUACUAGAUAAGCUUCACUGGGAUCUUUACACAGCAACACCAAUGGAUUUCUUAGACAUCUUCCAUGCCAUGGUGAUGUCCAACUGCCCCCAUCUACUACACGGGCUGCCUCAGAUGAAUCCUUCCCGCCACGUUGCAUUCUUGACCAAACAGCUACAGCACUGUAUGGCGUGCCACCAGCUGUUGCAGUUUAAGGGCUCCACAUUGGCUUUGGUGAUCAUCACCUUAGAGCUGGAGAGGCUGACUCCUGAUUGGUUUCCUGUUAUUACUGAUCUGCUAAAAAAAGCACAGAUUAACAGCACUGACUUCAUCCACUGCAAGGAACUUGUGGAUCAAGAGCUAAUGCGCUUGCAGCCAUCCAAUGCUGUGUAUAUUUUCUGUCCCACCCAUCACGCCAUCCAGGGCUGUCCCAAGGCAAGGCUGCCCUACCACGGCCCUUCUGGAUUGAGGAAUUCCCUUCAAGAGAGGUUGAGGGUCGCCGUAAGCCAGCCAGUUUUAGCACCUUUCACGCCGACUGCAGCCCCAGUUCCUGAUGAGAUGGUGGAGACUGACGACUACUACGAUGGAUUCAGACACCUGUACCGUGAGGAGGGGGGUGGGAGCGUGAGCGCGGGUGGGCCGUGCCCCCAGCCCAGGGCUGGAGGAGGCAGCUCCCCGUGUCCGCCCCUCCAGCCGCCUGACAGGGACUGGGGGAGAGUCGCUGCCGCGGGAGCAGCAACUGCAGAACCA